AUGCCAUUCAAUUGUUAUACCAGUGGUUAUGAUAAUAUUGUUUGCUGCCCUGAAGCAUAUGUUGGACCAAAAAACCGCAAACCGCCAACGGUUAUUGAAUCCGCCGAAAAUCAUCCAUUUUUAUCCAACACCCAUAUGAGCUUAAACGUUCGCACUAGGAGAAGUGAAGUAGAAUGCGAAGCCAUAUACAACCCUUAUUCACGUUCUCAUCGCCGUCGUCAUAGAUCAAGAAGAUCCUCCAAUAAUAACAGCUCGCAAGUAGAAAACGAUGAAGUAAAUGAACCACCUACACACGAUGAAAUUAUUAUAAAGAAAAAAGUUCAAGAUACAGAGGUGGUUGGUGGUAUAGCCGCUCAUAAGAAUGAAUUUCCCUAUAUGUGUGCUCUUGGUUGGCGUCAAUCUUCAUCCAGACGUUCGGAAAUUCGAUAUCAUUGUGGUUGUGUGUUAAUUGCUCCGAAAUAUGUUUUGACAGUAGCCCACUGUGCCGAUUUCGGGGGCGAGUCCCCAAAAAUUGUCCGCCUUGGUGGUGGAGAUUUGAAUGGACGUGAUGAUGAAAUGAUACGAAUUCGACGUAUUAUCCAACAUCCGGACUAUGAUUCGAAUUAUGCCUACAAUGAUAUAGCCGUGGUUAAAUUGGAAAAACGUUCAAGGAUCCGUCCUUCAUGCCUCUGGCCUAAUGAGGGACUACCCCAAGAAGUGGUGACGGCCAUUGGCUAUGGCCAAACAAAAUUUGGUGAGUUCCCCUUAAUGUACACCCACUUGAAAAAUAUUUAA